GGUAGACCUAAUUGUUUCCGUCCCUUUCCCAAAUCUCCAAAUUUUGGAGUUGAUUUUGCUAAAACUCAAAAACCCAUUCGAACCUAAUUGCCAAAUUCAUUUCCUCGACUCUAAUCCAUCAACGACAGGAGGUCAAUAGGUGAGUUUGUGUUGAUUUUGGGUGAUUUCUUCCUAAUCCUCUUCGUUUCUUCUCUCUGCCAGAGGUGUUGCUAACGUGGACUGGAACAUUCUUGAUGAUGCGGCGGAGUUUGACCUCUAGGUCAUCCUCUUCCUCCUUUAACACUGGCUUCUCAUACUCCACAAUCGCCGUCGAUCCCACUGCAGGAGGACGCGGCGUAAGUCCCGAUUUCUAUUCCGCCAACGCUAACUGCAUGUUCGCGUCCUUCGAUAAGAGGCCUUUAAUGUCCAUGGUGGUGAAGUUCCUAGAGGGCAAAAUGGAUGAUGUAAACGACUGUGAUUUCUCAAAUCCACAAGGACCUACUAAAGUGGAAAACUCUCAGACACCAAAUGGAUGCAGCUGCAGUUAUGACUUCUCCACUAAUUCCAUCUAUCUUAUCUGGUCCAAGGUGAUGAUAUGGGGGAAGAGAAGACAUAAAACACAUGCUGCAAUGUGUUUACUCGAUCAAACUUCAUUUCUUCCUUCCAAAUGCUAAAUAAUUGAGAAAGACUUGACCACCCAAUUAACAAAUCCAGGAGUAGAGACUAACGCUGAAAGAGAAACCAAUGGAUAAGUUAAUUUCUUUCCUUGUGUGUGUGGUUUUUUUUUUUUUGUUUUUUUUUUGGUUUUUGGUCCAUUACAAAUUUGUCAUUUUACAUUGAACAGAAAACUGUUGCAGCACUUUUGUUUUAAUUUCUGUAUGUAAUGUAAUACUAUUAACUACUUCAAUUUCAAACUGGUGUUGCACGUCUAUGAAUAUCUAAUCCUGCCAUUUAUAAUGCUUGUUGUCUGAUUGUUAUCUCCUUAGUGUGUUAAUUAUAUUUAGGAUUAAUUCCACAUAUCUCAGUGUUGAAUAUAAUUUGUGUUUGAGUUUGAUUAUCUAAUGUAUGGUAAUCUUUGUUCAAAAAAAAAAAAAAAUUGCUUGGUUAAUCUGUGCUACUGUUGCAUUUUCAUCUUGUACCGUAAAGUUUGUUAUUGUAGAAGAUCUAAGUGUACGCUCUCUAUAUGGUAGUUCUAAUAAAUUUAAUAGGUAGAU